CGCUUUGACUUGCACUAGGGAUGGGCUGUGACAGUCACUUUUUUUUUUUUUUUUUUUUUGGUCUUUUUCCCUUGUUCAGCUUCAAUGUGUUCCGGAGUGGGGACGGGGUGGCUGAACCUCGCAGGUGGCAGAGAGGCUCCCCUGGGGCUGUGGGGCUCUGCGUGGAUCCAAUGGGGCCGCUGGUGACCUGGGUGGUCCCCCUCCUCCUCCUCUUCCUGCGAUCCAGGCAGGGUGACCCCUCCAGACUCUGGUCUGUUCCCAAGCCUACAGGAUCUCUUCCAGGCUCAGCCUCGGGCCCUAGGGACCUGAGCUGCUAUCGGAUAUCCAGCGCUGGUUACGAGUGCUCCUGGCAGUAUGAGGGUCCCACAGCUGGGGUCAGCCACUUCCUGCGGUGCUGUUUUUUCUCUUUCCUGCAAUUUGGGGCAGCAAGGGAUUCUCACUUUGUGAAUGUGGAGAGUCCAUCAUUUACAAAGAAAACAUCCAUCAGUCUUUCUCUCCUUCCAAUUCGUCUGGUUGGUUUGGUUCUGAUUGCAGAAAAUCCCCCACAGCCUCAGGUGAGAUUCUCAGUGGAGCAGCUGGGCCGGGAUGGGAGGAGGCGGCUGACCCUGAAAGAGCAGCCAACCCAGCUGGAGCUUCCAGAAGGCUGUCAAGGGCCAGCACCUGGAGCGGAGGUCACCUACCAACUGCAGCUCCACAUGCUGUCCUGCCCGUGUAAAGCCAAGGCCACCAGGACCCUGCCCCUGGAGAAAACGCCCUAUCUCUCGGGUGCUGCCUACAAUGUGGCUGUCAUCUCCUCGAACCGAUUUGGUCCUGGCCCAAACCAGACGUGGCACAUUCCUGCUGACACCCACACAGAACCAGUGGCUCUGAAUAUCAGCGUCGGAACCAACGGAACCACUAUGUAUUGGCCAGCCCGGGCUCAGGGCACGACGUACUGCAUUGAAUGGCAGCCCGUGGGCCAGGAAGGAAGCCUUGCCACCUGCAACCUGACUGCGCCGCAAGACCCGGAUCCAGCUGGAAUGGCAACCUACAGCUGGAGUCGAGAGUCUGGGGCAAUGGGGCAGGAAAAGUGUUACCACAUUACUAUCUUUGCCUCUGCGCACCCAAAGAAGCUCACCUUGUGGUCUACGGUCCUGUCCACCUACCACUUUGGGGGCAAUGCCUCAGCAGCUGGGACACCGCACCACGUCUCGGUGAAGAAUCAUAGCUUGGACUCAGUGUCCGUGGACUGGGCACCAUCCCCGCUGAGCACCUGUCCCGGCGUCCUAAAGGAGUAUGUUGUCCGCUGCCGAGAUGAAGACAGCAACCAGGUGUCAGAGCAUCCCGUGCAGCCCACGGAGACCCAAGUAACCCUCAGUGACCUGCGGGCUGGUGUAGCCUACACAGUGCAGGUGCGAGCAGACACGGCGUGGCUGAGGGGUGCCUGGAGCCAGCCCCAGCGCUUCAGCAUCAAAGUGCAGGUUUCUGAUUGGUUCAUCUUCUUCGCCUCCCUGGGGAGCUUCCUGAGCAUCCUUCUCGUGGGCGUCCUUGGCUACCUUGGCCUGAACAGGGCCACACGGCACCUGUGCCCACCACUGCCCACACCCUGUGCCAGCUCCGCCAUUCAGUUCCCUGCAGGGAAGGAGACUUGGCAGUGGAUCAACCCAGUGGACUUCCAGGAAGAGGCAUCCCUGCAGGAGGCCCUGGUGGUGGAGAUGUCCUGGGACAAAGGCGAGAGGACUGAGCUUCUUGAGAAGGCAGAGCUACCUGAGGGUGCCCCUGAGCUGGCCCUGGAUACACAGCUGUCCUUGGAGGAUGGAGACAGGUGCAAGGCCAAGGUCCUGAGGCCCAGUGGGCCAGACGGUCAGGGGUGCAGCCCUGCCCGGGGGGUGAGGGGCUAGAUGUCCAUCGCUCCUGGGAGAUCAGGGCCUGGAGGCUUGAAGGAGAAACGGGAACAUCCACUUUGUCUUACAGACAGGAAGAGCGACUAUCUC